AUGGAAGAACAAGCAAGAGAAAAUCAAACUCACGUCACUCAGUUUAUCCUCCUCGGAUUCCGAGAUCUAAAGGAUCUGCAGAUCCUUCUUUUUCUUGUGUUCCUUGCUAUCUACAUUGCAACAAUGGCAGGGAAUCUCCUUAUUGUUCUACUCGUGACGACUGACCAGCAGCUUCACAUCCCCAUGUACUUCUUCCUUGGCAACCUGUCCUGCCUGGAGAUCUGCUAUAGCUCAACGCUCAUCCCCAUCUUGUUGACGACUCUCUUGACAGAUGGAACAGUAAUUUCAUUCCACGGCUGCUUCUUGCAGUUAUUUUUCUUUGGUUACUGUCUGGGUGCUGAAUGUUACUUGCUGUCUGUGAUGUCAUUUGACAGGUAUUUAGCAAUAUGUAAGCCAUUGCACUACACAGUGAUGAUGAACCCAAGAAAAUGUAUCCAGCUAGCAGCUGUCUCCUGGACAAAUGGCCUUACGGGCAUUUCCGUUAUAAUGGCUGGAAUGCUGCAGUUAACAUAUUGCGGCCCUAAUGAAAUUGAUCAUUACUUUUGUGAUUCAGUUCCACUUAGAAAGCUUUCCUGUGGUGACACAGAUGUGGUGGAACAAGUUAAUUUAGUCUUGUUAUUUAUUUACACUCUGCCUCCUUUUCUAGUAACUCUAGCAUCUUAUAUAUACAUUAUAAGGACUGUUUUAAAAAUCCCAUCUAAAACUGGGAGACAAAAGGUCUUCUCCACUUGUUCUUCUCAUCUCACUGUUGUUUCAAUUUAUUAUGGAUCUGUGACGAUUGUAUAUCUCCUGCCACCAUCCUCUUCAAUGAACAAAGUCUUUUCUCUCCUGUACACAAUAUUUCCGCCUCUAGUGAAUCCCAUUGUAUACAGUCUAAGAAACAAGGACAUCAAGAGGGCCUUGAGGAAGAUGAAAAAUAGAGUAGAAACUUUCAGAAUAUUUCAAAUUAUGUUGGCAGAUCUGGCUAUCUUUAAUGAUAAGUAG